AUGCCGCUCGUGCGCCACCGCAAAGUGCUCAUCCUCGGGUACCGCGCCGUGGGAAAAACCUCCCUAGCCCACCAGUUCGUGGAGGGGAAGUUUGUGGAGUGCUAUGAGCCCACGGUGGAGAGCACCUACAACAAGAUGGUGGUGGUGGGCAAAGACGAGUUCCAGCUGCAGCUGGUGGACACGGCUGGGCAGGAUGAAUACACCAUCCUGCCACACUCCUUCAUCAUCGGCAUCCAUGGCUACGUCCUGGUGUACUCGGUGACAUCCCUGCGGAGUUUCCAGGUGGUAAAGACCCUUCGCAACAAGCUAUAUGAGGGUCGGGGGAAGACACGCAUGCCCGUGGUGCUGGUGGGGAACAAGGCAGACCUGUCCCUGCAGAGUCGGGAGGUGAGGACAGAUGAAGGGAAGAAGCUGGCGGAAUCGUGGGGAGCCAUCUUCCUCGAGUCCUCAGCCAAGGAGAGCCAGGUGACCCAGGGGAUCUUCACAAAGAUCAUUGAGGAGAUUGACCGGGUGGACAACUCUUACGGCAGAUCGACUGGCUGCUCUGUGAUGUGAGCCCUGCCCAGGGCAGACCCCUUGGAACAGGACAGCCCUCCCAUGGACCUUCCCCCUGGCCCACAGUGGUGGCUCCAGGGGGUCUUGGGGGCCACAUGGUCCUGCUGUUGAACAGGAUCCUCUCAUUUUGCACAGGCUGUGGGGCUCACG